CAGAGAUGAGGUAAGAGAGAGGUGGCAUGUAGCCAACCAAGAGGACGGGGAAAAGUUGGGAGUUUGCUGGGGAGAGGAACAGGGAGAUUUGGCUUCACUGGGGCUUUACUUGAAGAGGAAUACGAACACUGGCUUUUCCCCUGGAUGUUUGUCUCUUUGUAUUUCUGUCUUUCUGCUUACCUCCCCCCCUCUCUUAUUUAAUUGUCUCUCUCCUUGGCUGGCGCUGCGAUGUGGCUGUCUCUGCAGUAAAAGUGCUGGCUAGCAGAUUCUCCUUGAGUGAACCCUGACUGUGCGCAGUGAGCGCUGCUCUGCCUCCAUCCUGUCCACACUGACUCAGCUGUGCAUGCAGCUGGUCGGCCCGUGAGUGAGCAGCAGCUGCAGGAGCAGUCCCUUCUAUAGGAGUGCUACCCUAAAACAGCUGCAGGUGCAACACUGGGAGUCCACACACCCAAAUAGCAGCUUCCUCAUUUUUCCGGUACACAGAGAGUUGUGCUGAGGAAUAUUCUCCUGCCUGCCAGAGCCGAGGCUGGAUACUGCAGCAUCAUUUGUUUCAGAGCAGAUCUAGCAGCCAUGGGGGUCCGGUGGAUUGUGGUUGAACCAGUGAGGCUGGGCCCUCCAUACGCAACCUUUGGCCUGGUCUUCUCUUUGCUGCUUGGUGUAUGGUCUGCUCAGGCCCUUGAGAUGUCUGUUGGGAAAGUUCCCUUCCUCGAGGCAGUGAAUGGGAGCACAGUUACUUUGCCUUGCACCUACGCCAGCUGUAUUGGCAUUGAAAAUCUCUACUUCAACUGGCAAUUCAAUGACAACGGCACCAUGAAAAAGGUUUGUGAGUCAGUGAUACCUUCAGAGGGGGUGGAGCCAGACGUGAACAUAUACUGGAAGCGUGUGGAGUUUGUGGGGAAAAACCAUCACAACAACGUCUCCAUCUUGCUGUGGAACAUCACCUUUGAGGAUGGGGGACAGUACACGUGUUUCGGACGCAAUCCCAAAGAGCACCACAAGAACCACAGUGCCAUCUUCAACCUCAUAGUGGUCGAUGAGUUGAGGGAAGUGGACAACACGCUGACCAUCAUCAUAGCUUCAGCUGUGGGUGGGGCCAUCGCGCUGCUGAUGGGCUUCAUGCUGCUCAAGAACUUCACUCUCUUUGUUCUCGCCAAGCUCGAGGAGAAAAAUAAGGAGUGCCUUGUAACUUCAUCAGGGAUUGACAACACAGAAAAUGGCCUCUCAGGAUCCAAAGCUGAUUCAAAACCAACACCAAAAAAGAAAUGAGACAAUGCAUGUAAAACAACAGUGUACAUAAAUAUGACAGUGCUCAUAUUUAUAUGCCUUCUCAGCAUAUAUUUGUAUAUGCUCGAGUGUUUGCGCACAUGCAAAUUCAUCAUGUUCAAGUUAAGACCUUAACUCUGGCUGUGGCCUUCAGAGGGGGAAAUUAUACCAAAUGUGUACAGAGUAGUUCCAGAUGAUCUACAACUAGAUAUUAUUUAAAAAGUGCACAUCAUUUUUACAUAACUACAUCAUUUACAUAAAGGCUAGUAGCACCUAACGCUUGACUUAUUUAGUGACUGAGCCUGAUGAAAGUUAACCAACUACUAAUGAAUUGUGGCUUGGUGGUACUCAAAAGAAAUAUCAAAUGAUCUUUAUUCCCAAGUUGGCUUUCUGGGUGGGUCAAUUCAGUGUAGACAGACCUCAAGCUCCAGCAACAGCAGUGAAGAUUUGACCUUAAAGAGACUCAACUAGAAGAGGACACUUUUAAAAGGCUACCUAUUUUUGGAACUUUCCCACUGUUACAGGCUCUGUAAGAACAAGAAGUUUGAAUGACUAAUGAAUAUUUAGCCAUCCAAUUCACAAUUACAAGCCAAGUCUUACUUUCUUGAAGCAAAGCAAAUAAUAAAUCUGUUGGCAUUAUUUUUCUGUUAUUUUGUGUUUGUACCUUGACCACAACAUAUCAUUUAAAUACACCGUGGACACCAAAUUUAAAAUGCUGCGCAGUGCACAACAGUCAGCUAUUUUGUGUUAUACAGCAGUAUAGCACACAGUCAUGUGAAAAAGAAAGUACACCCUUUGAUUCAGUAGAUUGUAGAACCAACUUUAGCAGCAAUAACUUAAAAUAGUCAGUCUCGCAGUGUGGUGCAGUGCAUUAUGGCCAAACAUCUCUUCUUUGGGCUUAUCUGUCCAAAGGACACUGUUCCUGAAGUUUAAUGGUUGCAAACCACGCGGCCAUGCUGCCAUGUUUCAGAGAGAGAAGAGGCUUUCUCCUGGCAGCGCUUCCUUGUUCAGUCUUUUAGAAAAAAAUUUUUGUUAAAUAAUGUUAAAUGGUGUAAUAUGUUAUGUGUUGUUCAUCAUCUGCAGUUGUAUUUACCAAAUUUUCAGACCUGCUAAGAACCAGAUUUUUUUUUCUUUUUUUUUUUUAAUGUCCUGAUAUGGAAAACCUUAGAACUGAAAGAGGGUGUGCUUUCUUUUUUCAUGACUGUACAUGCUGCUGCCAACUGCUUCAUGCAAAGGAAAUCAUUGGGUUCGUCUCUAUAAUCAGACCUUUACCUUACCAUGUAAAAUGCCCUGAGAUGACUGUGGUUAACUGGCAUUAUAUAAAUAAAACAGAAAUCAGCCAAAUUGUAUAUAAGAAAAGCAAAUACAGGCGUGUUUAUUUGUUCAACCAUUAAGAUAAAUCCUCUGGCAUAUUGUUUUUGAAAACAAACAAAAGACAAAGCAAUUGAUGUGCACAUUUUAUGACAUCAUGACAGUGUGAUGUAAUGUAUACAGGCUAUUCUGAGUGGGUCCACUACUAAAACGAGUUAACAGUUGUAUGUUAUUUAGCACAGGUGUGUGCUUUGCUUUAUUAUCAUAUAUCAGUUACCAUCUGAUGCCACAACCAGAGUACAGAAAAAAAAAAAUUGACUGUUUUUCAUCUGAAGUCAAAGAAACUUUUUUUGUUUAGGUGCUUGAAACAGGGGGGAAAAAAUGCAAGUAAUACAACUGGGCUGAACCCUCCUUUAACUAACACCAAGUUCACUCACAACAGGAAGCAUAUCUGCAGUAACUUUUUACCCAACAUCUAGAUUAUCUGGUUUAUUUAAAGAACUAAUGCAACGACUGUAUUAACACAAUGUGGCAGGAUUCAGCCCAGUUCUUCCUCCUCUUUGCUUGAUAUAAAACACAGGUGCCUGUUAGUGCUUCUAUGCUUCUCUGUCACUUAGGACAGCUACAUAUUAUAAAACAGUUUUUAAAAAAUUCAGCAAAAAUUAAUAACACAACAAGCUUCUGAAAUCAAAGGUUAGACAAUCCCCUCCCCUUAGAAAAAUGAAUGACCCUUGCUGCUUUUAAAAGCAAAAAUCCAAUGCAUUUUAAGCAUGUGCAAUACGGGCAAAGGCUUUAAAAAAAUAUACUUUUGGAAAUACAUGUUUUACUGUACUAACACUUGUAGCAUCAGCUAUGAGGUUAGCUGUGAAUCCCAUUUUAUACCAUGCUAACUUCAAUGUGCUAACUCUGUCUAAGGCUAAGCACUCCUUGACGCAUGCCUAGAUCAGACACUACAUAUUCCCUCUGCUUAGUAUGUGCCUGUUGAAAUGGCUUUUCUCCUAAGCACUGAUAAACAAUCAUUUAGUUAGUGUUUUACUCUUUGCAAUAAAUAAUUCUUACCCAGUGCACUGCAGAGAGAAAAAUUAACUGAGCAUCCAUGCACAAGCACUUGGUAAAACAUCCAUAAACUUUGGGAAUAUGACUGGUGGAUCUGGCAGGUUGAGUAGGGGGGCUGUAUAUCAGGUAUAACCUGUUCAAGCAGGAAAUAAGUGAUACUCUCUGGCUGUGCCAAACAGGGAUAGGGUGACCAGAUCCCGACAAACUAAAUGUGGGACAAACACAGUGUUUGUGUGGGACAAACUGGGACAUAUUAACAAUGCUGGGAGGUAGUCAAAUGUAUUAUAUUUGAAUGCAACUUUUCACACUGUCUUGCUAUGGUCUCAUGUGAUAGUCUUUAUAUGUUCCCAUAGUCUCUGUUAUUUCAGCUUCUUUUUUGUUUGGUAACAGUCUUUGGGUGUCAGUAGGGAUGCACUCAUAGAUUAGCAUACCUUUUCUGAGCCAUAUCUGACAACUUAGCAAGUUUUAGCCAAUUAUGACAUACAUACACAUACUGUGUCACUUCACACCAUAUCUUUUCCUGUGCAAAAUUUAAAAAAUUACUCUAGAAAAAAAAGAAGAGCGACAAAAUCUCUAUGUGGUGUGGGGACACUGAAUAAAAUACAGUGCAGUCACAUUUAGAGGGACAGAGGGACAUUUGAUCACCCUAGACAGAUGUGAUUUCUAUACACCAGGAGAAGAAUGUAUCAGCAUCAAACCUAAUGAAAUAGUAACAAAGAUUUAAUCUGUAUUCACAUUAUACAUCUGUGGCACAUUCAAGACACUCAAUCUCUGGCUUUAAAAUGCAAUACCUCUGCAGAGUGGCACAGAUGUGUGUCAUCUAUGACUGUGUCGUGCCACAUUUACAUGUAGUCUCACGAGUCUAUGCUCAGUCCUAAAUAGUGUAAUGGUUCGAUGGCUUUCUGAAAGUCACCCUUAGAUUAAUAAUUAUGUGCCUCUGGUCUUGUAACAAUGGCUCAAAGCAAUAUGGCUAUUAUAAUCUAUUAUAAAGAUAUAUUUGUUUGUUUUUUUGUUUUGUUGUUUGUUUGCUUUUUGUAUGUAUGUAUGUAUUAUCCAAAUGCUAAGUAAGAUGAGAAAAAAACCAAACAGCACACAGGAGUAAAUAGUGAACCAGUAUUGGUGAACAUUGAUGUUGAUGUAUUUCCUGGAUGGAAACAGAUCUGUGGUACAGAAAAGGUUGGAUCUUGUCAAAAAACAUGCUUAUUUGCUUUUCUUGCUGUGAGUAACAUGAGAAAAUUGGUACUGCUCAUUCACAAAGCUACUGCCACCAGCCAGUUAGCUUCAUUUUGUCUAGCUUUUUCAAAAGGUAACAAAGUUCACAUAUUAGCACCUCUAAAGCUCUAUGAAUAUGAAAAACAGCCAAAGCAUGAAACAGGUUGCUGUUUAUGGAAGGUUACAGUACAUGCAAGGCUGUUUUCUUUACUCUCUACUGUGUUUACAGUGACAAAAAUACUCCAAGAAUUCCGCAAAAACACACAUUAGGUGUUAAUACAUGAGUGCCACUGAUAGGUUGACUUUUCAUAUCCUGUUCAACCUGCAACUCAACCAUCUCUGAGGCCCAGCUUCAUUUCUGAAGGACAUAUGUUAGUGUUUGUAUCAAAGAACUCAUCUAACUCUCAGCAAGGGAACAAGCACACAGGUUUCUUAUUCUCAGUAUCUUUAAGAAGGAUAUUGCAGGUAAGCAAAAUGCAAGAGUCAUUAUGGGCAAUAUUCAUUUGUUGUAUGUGUCUUUGCCAAAUUAUUUUUUAGCUUUAAAGAGAAAAUCCACCUUUGGGCGAGACAUUGGAUUGUAUGGUUUAGAAUCAGAUCUUAACUCUCAGGCUGUUGUUGUGACUUUGGAAACAUGAAGACAAAGUUUUGCACAAUU